AUGCUGAGCUGUACGGUAACGCUUACGGUAUUGACUUCCAUAACUAGUGCUACCGUAAUAUCUCGAGCAAAAAGGCAAUACAGUAACUAUUACGAAUGCGGUGGCUCAGGAUACUCUUCUAUAGGUUGUGGAGCAUACAGCGGUUGCGGAACGAGUUGCGGUGGUAUCAGUGCAAUUAUUCUACCAAGCACAUAUUACGCUCCAUUGUCAAAUUGCCAGAAUUUGUGCUCUAGUAUUAACUGUAAUCAAUACAAUGGUCAAUAUGUCAAUGGGCAAUACAUAGCGAGUGGUUACGGUAGCAGUCAAUACAAUCCAUGUGCUAGUACCUGUUGUUAUGGAAGUAGUAACUACAAUAACCAGCCCUUCUGGGGAGAUGCUUUGGUUAUACCCGGGACGGACGGAAUAUAUUCACCAUAUCUAACCAAUACGAAUACCAUGUACGGUAGCGGAGGAAAUAUCUACACACCCUAUGUCAAUCCGGCUACUCAG